AGAGACCCUUUCUUCCUCCAUUCUUCUGGCUGCGUCUGCCUCAGCUUAUAGGGGCAAAAACAAAACUCAGCCAAGAUGUCGGAGAAAAAGAUGUCAUCGAGUCGCAAGCAUCAUCUGAAGAGCUUGAUGCUCUCCAUCGCUAAGGGUUUACUGGAGCAGGAGGUAAAUGACAGAGAGGUGGAGAGGGAGAGAUACAUGGCAGAAACCUGUCAGCCUCUUUCCCUACCUGGAUCCAUGCAGGCAUUACAGGAACUGUGCAGAGAUCUUCAUCGAAAAAUUGAUGUGAUUGAUGAGGAAAGAUAUGAUCUGGAAAUGAAAGUCAACAAAUGUGCAAAGGAGAUUGAAGACCUGAAUAUCAAAGUUAUUGACCUGAAGGGCAAGUUCAAGAAGCCAACGCUGAGGAAAGUGCGCAUGUCUGCCGAUCAGAUGCUUCAGGCUCUGCUGGGCUCCAAACACAAGGUCUCUCUGGACUUGAGAGCAAACCUGAAACAAGUCAAGAAGGAGGUCAAAGAGGAGGAUAAAGAACUGCGUGAUGUUGGGGACUGGCGUAAAAAUGUUGAAGACAAGGCUGGCAUGGACGGCAGGAAGAAGAUGUUUGAAGCUGAGGCUUAAAUUUAGCUUUAUGAAGUUCAUUAUGCUGCUCAAUUAAUUUUGGCCUUUAGUUUACAAGAAACUGCUUGUGUACAUGAAACACAAAUUUAAAUUCGCUAUUGUAGCUAUCAAAUGCAAAAGUGAUUGUUUUUUUAGUUUUCUGUUUAACAAUGGAACUGAAGUCUGCAUCCUCAGCCCAUGUAUCAAAGUCUUACAGUCAUUAAAUCAAUUUAGGAAGAA